AUGCCAACCCUCAUCUUCAUCCCAGGCGCCUGGCACAAGCCAACCUGCUACAACAAAAUCAUAGCCCUGCUCUCCCCGCACCACAAAUGCGUCAAAGUCACCCUCCCCUCAACAACCGACAACCCCUCCGCAACAUUCAAAGACGACCUCACCGCAGCGCAGCUCGCAAUCGAGACCGAAACCAGCGCCGGGCUCUCCGUCGUGCUAAUCGCACACUCCUACGGCGGGAUGGUCGCCAACAGCGCGAUAAAAGGGUUCGCGCCUCCCAGCCCACCGCACACCAACCGCGCCACCGGCGCCGUAAUCGGGCUCAUCCUCAUCGCCUCAGGCUUCACCUUCACAGGGCUCUCAUUCAUGGAUCCGUUCCUGGGCAAUCCGCCUCCGGGGUGGCGCGCGAACUGGGAAAGCGGGUACGCGGAGCUAGUGACGCCUGCGCGGGAGCUUUUCUACCACGACGUGGACGAGGCGGAUGCGGAGGUCGCGAUCGCGGAGCUGGGGACGCAGAGUCUUAAGGCGUUGUUUGAGGGCGGGGAGCAUAGUUAUGCGGGGUGGAUGGAUGUGAGGGCUUGGUAUUUGGGCACGACGGAGGAUCGGGGGCUGCCGGUUGUUGUGCAGCGGAUGGGGGUUGGGAUGGCGAGGGGGAUGGGGGGUGUUAUUGUUCAUCGGGAGAUCGGGACGAGUCAUUCGCCGUUUUUGAGUAGGCCUGUUGAGACGGCUGACGUUAUUAUGGAGGCUGUGAAGGAUUUUGUGGGGGAUGGUCGUGUUGAGGGGGAGGAGGAGGAGGUGGUUGCUGAGAGGCCGGGGGAGGGGAAACAGGUUGUGUUGGUGCCUGUUGCUAGGCUUUGGAGGCCGGUUACGUGGGUUCGGUUUGGGCUUCCGCUUGUUUUUGGACAUCUUAUUGGGAGGGGAAUCUUGGUGUUUGGGUGGGGGAGGAGGUUGUGGAGGUCUGCGUUCCAUUGA